GUGCUGUGUGUAGGGUGACAGCGAGAAGGAGGCAUGCCCGUGGAGCUCAAGGGCCUUCGCUAUGUAGCGCUCUCCUCUGCGAACAGAUUAGCACCAGCUGGCAUCACUGUUAGUAUUUCAGUGCAAGGCUAAAAUAGACUCGAAUAAGCCCCGUAUACAGUCGGUUUCUCUCCCACUCACAGUUGUAAAUGACUUCCAACACAAAUAGACUCAAUAUAAGCUCAGUAUCCAGCAGGUUUAUUCCCCCAUUCACUGCAACGACUUCUACACAUCCCCUUCGACUGUGAUUAUAUCUCGAACGGGCAGUUUUUCUUGGGUUGUAUCAGUAGCCCACGCAGGUUUUUCCAAUUACGCGAACAUACUGGAUAAAUUAUACGUCGAAUCGGCUAAGUUGGAGUUGGGGGCUUGGGUCUGCGUGCCCCCCCGCCUGGUCAUUUUUCGUCACACCUUACUUAUCCUUGCGUAGGCAUUCCACAAUAUGCAUGUUUUUUCUGAUAGAGAUCGUGCUGGACAUUGAUUGCUUACCGAUCUUCAGUCGAAAACAAAAGCGCCCUCUCGUCUGUGAACAGGUGCUGUACAUGGGGGGCGACGUUACUGGCGCACGUGAUGACGGCCUAGAUGUGGUGAACCUCAUGCACGGGCGGGCGGACGUCCCGGGCAUGGAGGUGGUGAAGGGGCUCCGUCUGGGGGGACUGAAGGAGGCCCUGGCCCUGGUCGCACAAGGACGGGCACAACCCGAGGAAUUCAAAUUUUUUUCGAGAUAUUCAGGGUGGGGCCCAGGCCAGCUGGAAGCGGAGGUGCUUGGGGGCGCGUGGGAGCUAGCGGCGUGCGAUCUGGAGAGCGUGCUGGAAAGCCAGAAUCACCCCGACCAGCCUGGUCACUUCUGGGGCAAGAUCAUGGGCCGGCUGCAGAGACAUCGCGGCAGCAGCAGCAGUAGCAGCAACACCGCAAUGCCGGACACGUAA